AUGGUUGGAGCUCGCCGCACACGCGCAGCUGGUGCCAGUCCAGGUGGUUUCAAAUCACUUGAUGAUAUUCCAAAGCCUACACGCGGAAAGGGAAAGAAAAUCAAGGCUGAAUCCGUCGAACGUUCAAUCGAGUCCGAGUCCAUCGAUCCAUUCAUCACAUCCGCCGAAGGCAACGAUAAUACGGAGUCGCAAAAGGCUUCAUCACCACCUACAAAUCCUUCCAGAACAAACUCUCCAGAUUCGCACUCACCUUCUCCUACACCGGUCAAUUCACGACUUGAUUCGCGCUCUACUUCCCCACCUAAAAAUAAUACCACAUCAAAUGACGCGUCUUCGGACAACGACGUUAUUGAUCAAGAGCAAGAUGCACAGCGCAUUUCUCAUCUCGGAUCCAACAGAAAGAGAUCACGAGUAUCAGAGCCUUCCACCCACCAAGGUGUUGGCGUUACAAAGGAAGACGCAGAGGAUGAUGAGCAGAGGGUCAGCAAGCGUACACGUAGACAGGAAAGCCAGGACACCGAAGAUGUCAAUGUCGAAGCCGAUGUUGAGAAUGAAAAGUCGACCGAGCCAGAGCCCACACCCGCAAAGAAACCCAAAGGUCGUCCUCGCACUCGCGCAAAGGCAAGCCCUAAGAAAUCUGCGAACAAGACUCGUGGCCGCAAGCAAGAUCCAGUUGUCCUCAACGACAGCAGCUCAGACGAAGCAGCCGAGACGACUGUAUCACCUUUCCAACCUCGAUUGAACUCUACACCAAAGCAAGCCGCCGCGCCUUCUCCACGUACUCCUCAGAAUCAGCAAGAAUUGAUUUCUUCUGAAGAAGAUGAACCCCAAGCUGGUCCAUCUACCAUUACUCAUUCAACCUCCAAACCUGCACACAUCUCUCCUGAUACCCGACCGGUUCCUCAAGCCGAAGCCGAAAAGCCAGCUUCAUCUCUCACUGAAACUGGCCCUUCUCCCUCGAAGCCUCGUGCAAUUCCUCCUGUCACUCGACCCAUUGCUCGCGCAAUUUCGACGUCGUCUAUCAAGAUUACACCUGGCAUGGGAAAGACCGAAAGAUUGCGUUUAAUGAUGAUGCAAAGAUAUCAUCCAGAAAGACUUGUUUCACCAACAAAAGGAAAAGAAGUCGCAAAGGAGGUUGUCAAAGAGGUUACCAAAGAGGUUGCUCAAAGCACAAAUGAUAUUGCUCAUAAUGAGCGUAAGAAGACGACCGCUGUGGCUUCUUCCAGUGAGACUCUUUCCAAAUCCGAUGCUCCCCAUUCAAGACGUCAGUCUCCUCGGGAUGGACACAAAUUAAUGGAUCCUUAUCUAGUAGCUAUAAACAAAGUCUUCACUAAUCACAAAGAUAAGUCGAAGGCUAUGCCAUCUAUUGAACAAGUUACCGCGUUCCUCAAUGGCUUCGAUGCUCAACAAGCUUCGCACAAUGGCAAGAGACAAACGGUUACUCAAAAACCCGCUCAUCCUCUUCAACCAAUAACACCCAAUCGCUCAGGAUUUGUUGUUCCAGGUUACGGAAGUGAUGACGAUACCGUGAUGUCCGAUGAGGAUGAAACACCCGACGUCGAGGAACCAAAGACACCUGAAGCACAAAUUACUCCUGUGCCAACUGAAAGCCCUCGAAGCUCCUGGUGGAACCCUCUCUCUACUGUUGCUACGAUGCUUACCAGCCCGUUCCGCAAGCAGGCCGAUGCUGCCCCAGCUCCGCUUCCUUGCAACAAGCUUGUUCCACCACCAUUCAUUUUCAGCCAGCCACCAACCACUCCUUCGGCCGUUCCUCUCAAGCGUAUGUCUCACUCAGAUCGCAAGCGCAAUACCCGAAACAAUGCUCAAGGUCGUCUUGGUGGUUUCCAAACCGAACGUCGUCCACGACACAAGGAUAUCGGAAGAUCACCAAGCUCCAAGAAUGGUCUUCUCACCCCAGCUGAAAUCAAGGAGAUCCAUAGAGCACAGGAUGAAUACGCCGCCAAGCAUCAGAAUAGAGGUCCUUUGAUCGUAGCCAAUCGGGAUAUUCAUAAGACCGCACGAGCAUCUCAAAGAGAAUCUCAGGCUAAGAAGGCUGCUGUUGCUGAUGCAGUCGAGGAAGAAACUUCUUCGUUCACACAUAUUCCAGCAGGCGAGAAGCGUGAUGCCAACGGCACACCAAAAGCCCCUAGCCAACGCUGGAAUAAUUUCUUAGAGUCUAGUAUUGAUUCAGAUUACGGCCCCAGAUGGGUUCGAUGUCCAAAUGGUCUUUAUAUUCGAGAGGGUUCCACUGACAAACAAUUUGAAUCUGGCGAUCUUGGCGAUGAUUCUGCCUGGCAAGAUCACUAUCGUGACAUCGACGCUUUCCCAAAGCAAGAUAUUUACAAGGGAGCAGGCGUCCAAAAUCCACUCAACUCAGCUCAGCUUCUUGAGCAGGCUGCUUUACGUGCUAAGGGAACACCAAACAUCCCAGACGAGAGCGAAAACGACUAUACUUAUGUCACUAAUGAGCGUCAAAAGAGAGUUCUGUUCUAUCCAAGAAGUCCUUACAACAUGUUCCAAGUCCCAGGUAAAAAGCUCACCGCGGCUCAUAUUGCGAAUAUCAAGGAAGGACUUCCUCUUCUUAACCCCCGUGAUGAAUACGGAAUUGCUAUCAAGAUGCCUACUGGUGGGUCGGGCGACAAUAUCUUCAACCACCUGGCAGAACAGCAAAGGAAAGCUCAAUACAAGGAUGCCGUUGAAAUGAAAGCUGGCAGAACUUUGGAGGCAAAGCGAUGGACUCAAACUCCUCCACCAAAACCCAAGCCCGUCAAUGCCAAACUUCCUGGUACUGUUGAGAACACCCCGGCUCCAAUCUCCGAGGCUGUACAGCACGCCAUGAAGAAGGCCAACAAAUACUUACCCACAAAGGGCAGUGGUCUUAGACAGGUUUCCACCAUGAGCCCUGUCCAGACUGAUCAAGAGAAGGGUUUGAAGGCUGCGAAGGAUUCUAUGCCCAUGUUCAACUUUGAUUUCACUGCUGCAUCCAUUGGCUGGAAUGCUGACCCUUUGGUUAUGGCACGUGUUCAGGAGCGUCUGGGCGAGGGUUACAUCCCUAUCACACCCAUUCCCGACCACAUUUGGCAUGAAUAUGAUGAUCUUGAACAAGGUCCAGUAGAGCAAGCAGUUGCAUCAUUGUUCGAAGGCAUUGACCCCAGAAUGUUUGGAUCUAUGCACAAUGGAAUCCAAGACCCAUCACGACCCCAACCCAAGUACUGGGACGAGCUUCCAGAAAGUCCCGUUGCUGAACGCGCCAUCAGAUUAUGGUAA